AAACCCAUUUUAUUGGACGAUUCCAGAGCUGGCUGUAUAAAUAAACAUCCAUUUCACAAACCACUUCCAUCCAUUUCAUUUCUAGAGUCCAUUGGGUUGCAACAUGAACGUUAUCGGUUUCCUUAUCAUUACAGGUCUUGCUUUGAAAAGUGUCCUCGCACAAGAACCUAGAAAUAUCAGUAACUUUGAAACAUUUGUGAACUAUAGGUGCAAAAUUUAUAGCACUCAAGCAUCAGCGUUUCAUGAUGUGAAAACACAAUACGGCCAAUUUUGGGAUUACUUGUCCAACACCUCUACUCUUCUUCCAAAAGGGAAACAACAAUUUUGUAACGAUGAAAAACCCACUCUCAUUAAUAUGAUGAAACAGUUGGCCACAAAAAUGAGCCGUGUUUCCGCAAAGAUGAAAAGUACUUACCUAAAUUCAUGUAUGAAAGUUUUACCAGUUUCAUGAUUUUCGUCUGUAAAGAGAAGAAUAUUGAAAAUUUCUUCAGUUCUCAAAAACGUGACUGUGAGAGUCAACAGGCAGGACACGAAGGAAGAAACUGUUUCAGGAAAUUCUUUGCUCGAUUCAGUGAUGUUGUCAAAAAGGAUGAUUUGUGCAUGGACUUGAAGUUUACCACGACUUGUUUUGACGAAGCUCUGGCCAAAAACUGUCCGGAUUUCGCUGGGUACCAAUCUCUAAUCGCCAAGUUUUUCAAAGCGAUAAGAGAACCAUGCGAUAGUGCAGUAACUGUCGGAGCUGGUAGUGUGAUAUUAAUGAUAAUCGCCUUCAUUUCUACAAAAACCUUCUCUUAGUAUGUAAAUGUGCACUCGAAUUUUAAAUAAUAAA